CCGCGGCCCCGCCGGGCGGGAGGGUGUUUGCGCUUCUCCGAGUCUCUCUCCCCGCCCCCGUCUCUCUCCCGCCCGCCCCGCCGGGACCUCUCCUCUCCGGGCGGCGGCAGAGCCGCCUCAGGGCGGGCGGCGGCAGAGGUGCUGGUGGGACGCUCUCGCCGUCCAGCCCGCCGGGAACAUGGCGACCGGCGGCUACCGCAGCGCCGGGGGCAGCACCACGGACUUUCUGGAGGAGUGGAAAGCCAAGCGGGAGAAGAUGCGGGCGAAGCAGGCGCCAACGGCCCCGGGGGCGGCCGCCGGGGGGGAGCCCCGGCCCGCGGGGGGCGCCUGCUCCGCCGAGCUGAACAACAACCUGCCCCCCGGCGGCCCGGCCGCCCCCCCGGACCGCCCGGCGCCCCCCGCCGGCGGGGCCGUCAACUGCGUCAGCCUCGCCGCCGCCGCCUUGGGCCGAGCCGCCCCCGGCAAGGAGCCGCCGCCGCCGCCGGCCCUCGCCGGGGGCCGCGGGGCAGAGCCUGCCGCCAAGCCCCCUCCCGCCGCCGCCGCCUCUGCCGCGCCGGGCUCCCCCGAGGGCGAGGAGAAGCUGGCCGCCAAGGGAAAGAGCUCGGGCCCCAGCGCCAGGAAGGGGAAGGGGCAGAUCGAGAAGAGGAAGCUGAGGGAGAAGAGGAGGUCGACAGGUGUGGUGAACAUCCCGGCCGCUGAGAGCCUCGAUGAGUAUGAAGAUGAUGAAGCAGGGCAGAAGGAACGGAAGAAGGAGGAUGCUAUUACCCAACAGAAUACGAUACAAAAUGAGACUUCCAGUGGAGAUACCCCUGGCUCAUACUUGUUACAGGACUCCUCCAGGAUGGUUUCAAGCAGGUAUAAAAGCACAGCUAAUGCACCAGAAGAUGAUGCUCCAAAUAGAUACUCCCGAACAGACAGGACAACUUACAGCAGAUACAGCAGGGAUGCAAAUUCUUCUGGCAGUUCUGUACCAAGUAAUGCUUUGGAAAAGAGGAUUGAGGAACUUGAAAGGGAACUUGCAAAGGAGAGACAGGAAAAUGCGAGAUUAAUGAAGAUGACACAGGACAAAGAGGAACUAAUUGGAAAGCUGAAGGAAGAAAUUGAUUUAUUAAACAGAGACCUAGAUGAUAUAGAAGAUGAAAAUGAACAAUUGAAGCAAGAAAAUAAAACCCUCUUAAAAGUUGUUGGACAGCUGACAAGGUAGAAGAUUCAAGCCUCAGUGAGGAAAGAUUUAAGAAACUACUGAUUGAACGUUAAGGUCAAUAUAGUAAUACUUCCUGUGUUGCAGUAUGUUAUAAUAACUGUCUUUAUAUUUAUUGUUAGGAAACCAGAUGAAUGUUUAUUUUCAUAGUACUUUCUUCUUCAUUCAAUGAAAUGGCAUCAAAUCUGGGGUAUAUUUUUAGCUUUCUUUUCAGUAAGAAUAAUUAACAUUUUUGACAUAUUUCAAAAUAUUAAGUUCAAAAAUAUUCAGGUUUUGUAUCUUCAGAUUGCAUCUGGAUAAAUUACAGUAAUUUAAAAUUCAUAGCACCAAGAUCACUUUCAGUCCAUGUGGGUGUAUAUUUUUGAAAUGAAUGGAAGCAAUACAUAGAAGCUUUGUUUACACAGAUCCAAAAUAUAUAUUUUGGGAAAUAUUUCCUUUUGUGUUUAAACAGCUGUAAAGUGGAUGCCUUAUUACUGAUGUAUAACAUUUUGCAGAUUGAUUACUUGCUCUAAAACUCUUGUAUGUUGAGGUUUUUUUACUGUAUCUGAAAGACUGACAAUAUUAGAGUAGCAAUUUUUUUUUUCUGUAUAACAGUAUUCUGGCAGGAGGGAGAGGUUUUAUUAAAAAAAACCACAAACACAACCCCACCAAAAAACCACUAAAUCACCUGUGGUAUCAGCAUUAAUGAGUUCCUAGAAUCAUAUUGAAGUUGUGCACUGCAGUUUAUUUUAAAGCUUUUGCUUUAGCGAUGAAAUGCAAGUUUGCUAUCAGACAGUAAGUUUGUUUGCUGUGUUGAGAAUUCAAACAAAGCCUGGAGCUUUCAUUUUAGCAAAGACACUUUUUCAAUACUCUUCUGCUUAAAGCUGUCAUCUUAAAGUUUGUAGUGAUCAUAGCCAAUAUAAGUUUUUUGAUGUUUUCAUUUUUUAAGCUGGGUGAAGAUUUUUGUACAUAACAAAGUAGAGGGGCAUACAAGUGAUUCAUGCCCUUUUGAAACAUCAAAUGGUUUAAAAAACCCUUUUAUCCUUGAUUUUAAACUAACAAGGUGUUUAAAAAGUGCCUAUUUAGAUGUUACAAUCCACUUAUGACUGUGUACUGAUUCUUCUAUAACAUGAGAGUAGACAAAAUUUUCACUUGACGUUAACCACAGACCUCAGUUAACAAUUCUCUUCAAAUUUCAGCUUAACAAGAAUUUUAUGUACUUUAUUUCAUCUUAAUACGGCACAUUUUUCAUUCCUGAUCAGAAUAAAUGUAUAUGUCGUUUGAGUCAGGACACUAGAAAUGAAAACAUUUUGAAGAGUCCAGGCUUUUUCUUGACGAUUUUGAAGUUUGGUGUCAGAAAGUUGCAUGCAUAUAGUUUUUGUUACCUUAAAACGUAAAGGCAACUUUAAGAUAUAAUAACGAUGACCUUUUCAGAUUUGCCAAUUGUUUUCAUAAUGUGUAUUUAAUGACUGUAAGAGUUUCUUAAAGUUCAAAUCCAGGUAAUAUUGUUACGCCUUGGAUUGUUUUGGAUAUAGGAUAGGUUAUUUUGCAUUUGUAUAUUCUAAUGAGGAGGAACUUUUCAAAGCUUUAAAGUAUUUUUCAAGACACUUAUAUUCCAGGAUGCCUCGGUGUUUUCUUUCACAGUGGAUGAGAUCCCAAUUAGACACCAUUUAAAACCUUUACUCAGGGGUUUAAAUGGUAUGGGGGGGGUGUGUGUGUAUAGGCCCUCUGAACUACGAUAUACACCAGUGAAUAUUGCUUUCAAUAUUAUUCAAACAGUACAAAGUCCCUUAAUUUAUCAGUUUUAUGAAAUUAAAAAUCUAAAGUAAUAAAAAAAUCAGUUGAGAUGUAUGCCUUCUGAAUAAAUGUGAAACUUUCUCUGGAAGAA